AUGGCUGCUGGGAAAAAGGAGCUUUUGAUGUUGGAAAACUUCAUAGGUGGAAAGUUUUUACCCUGUAACUCAUAUAUAGAUUCUUAUGAUCCGUCAACAGGGGAAGUAUAUUGCAAAGUACCAAACAGCGGGAAAGAAGAGAUCGAAGCUGCAGUGGAGGCUGCCAGAGAGGCCUUCCCUGCCUGGUCGUCCCGGAGCCCCCAGGAACGUUCUCUGGUCCUGAACCGACUGGCUGAUUUAGUGGAGCAGUCCCUGGAGGAGUUAGCCCAGGCUGAAUCUAAAGACCAAGGGAAAACUCUCACCCUGGCAAGGACCAUGGACAUCCCUCGGUCUGCUCAGAACUUCCGGUUCUUUGCCUCCUCUAUCCUGCACCACAUGACGGAGUGCACACAGAUGGACCACCUGAGCUGUAUGCACUACACUGUCCGUACCCCUGUGGGAAUUGCUGGUUUAAUCAGCCCUUGGAAUUUGCCACUGUACCUGCUGACCUGGAAGAUAGCUCCGGCCAUCGCUGCUGGGAAUACCGUAAUAGCCAAACCCAGCGAACUGACUUCUGUGACUGCGUGGAUGUUGUGUAAAUUCUUGGAUAAAGCAGGUGUUCCACCGGGUGUGAUCAAUAUUGUGUUUGGAACGGGGCCCAGGGUUGGUGAGGCCCUGGUGUCCCACCCAGAGGUUCCCUUGAUUUCCUUCACUGGGAGCCAGCCCACAGCUGAGCGUAUUACCCAGCUCAGUGCCCCCCACUGCAAGAAGCUCUCCCUGGAGCUGGGAGGCAAGAAUCCUGCCAUCAUCUUCGAGGAUGCCAAUCUGGAGGAGUGUAUCCCAGCAACCGUUCGGUCCAGCUUUGCUAACCAGGGGGAGAUCUGCCUCUGUACCAGCAGGAUCUUCGUCCAGAGGAGCAUCUAUAGUGAAUUUCUGAAGAGGUUUGUAGAAGCUACCAGAAAGUGGAAAGUUGGGAUGCCCUCUGACCCGUCAGCCAAUAUGGGUGCUUUGAUAAGUAAAGCACAUUUGGAGAAAGUCAGAAGCUACGUGAUGAAAGCUCGUGCCGAAGGGGCCCAGAUUCUGUGCGGUGAGGGUGUGGACCAGCUGAGUCUUCCCCUCAGGAACCAGGCAGGCUACUUCAUGCUGCCCACGGUGAUAACAGAUAUUAAGGAUGAGUCCUGCUGCAUGAAGGAAGAGAUAUUUGGUCCAGUGACGUGUGUUGUCCCUUUUGACAGCGAAGAGGAGGUGAUUAAAAGAGCUAACAGUGUUAAGUACGGGCUGGCAGCUACAGUGUGGUCAAACAAUGUGGGGCGUAUCCACCGGGUGGCUAAGAAGCUCCAGUCGGGUUUGGUCUGGACCAACUGCUGGCUCAUCAGGGAGCUGAACCUGCCCUUCGGAGGGAUGAAGAGCUCUGGAAUCGGAAGAGAAGGAGCCAAAGAUUCAUUCGACUUCUUCACUGAAAUAAAAACCAUCACCAUUAAGCACUGACUACCCCUGUAGAGAAGCAGCU